AUGAAAGGAACCUCUCGAUCAAGCAAGCUCUUCCUCAAAUCCCUCCAAGUGCAAUCCAAACCUCUCGGCCCCUUCGCCAAACUCGCUUCCGUCUUCAACCACCCGGUCCUCACCGACAGUGAAUCCAAAGUUUUUCUGAACGAAGUAAACUCCUCUUUCCGAAAUGCUCUAAAGGAAUCCCGUCAUCCGGAUGACAUCCGGCCUCCUCCAAGCAUCCACAAUGCAUAUGCAAAUAAAGCCGACAACCACAUCUACCAGGUCCUAACAGACCCGCGACCAGCAUCUCCACCGCAUGUUGGCAACUUACGAAAUCUCUUGGACUCCGAGGCUCUAGUUGAUACUGGGAACAGGUUGGAAAGACAUGAGUGUUCCCCGAUAACAACUUUCCAAAACCACUUGCUUCAGGGCACCGCCGACCUUAAUCUUGCCACUGAAUGUUGUAAAGAAUACGUCCUAAAUCAACUCAAAUCGAAGCCUGAUCAGGUCUAUGGAAAUGAAGGUUUCCGAAUGUGCAAUAUGAUACGCGGGAACUCACUAUUUCUGGACCGCUUUGGCAUUCCUCACCCACCGUUACGUGGAUGGCUCAUCGCUUCUCUGCUCAUUUCCCGGCGACCGUUGAUACCUUUUCAAUGGCUAGUGGCAUCAUUGGAGGCUUCCCACAUUAGAACCUUCCAAUCGGUGCUAUCUGAAAUCAUUACUUCAUAUGGGAAACUAUAUAAUACACCGGAAUCACCAAACGAAGAUGUCAAGUUCUUUGUUCACAUGCUCAGAGCCAAGAACAAAGAUUAUAGAAUGAGGGUAUCAGAACAUCCCACCACCAAGACUAGUGUCAUCCUCAAAGCUAUCCCGCUCUUAAAUAUACAUAUUUCAAUGCAAAAUCUGAAUAAAUCGUUACCAACCUCGGAACCAGAACUGCAGCUAUUCGAAGUUAUGGCGGAAAAACUUUAUAGGAAAAAAGACGACGAGGGUAAACGUAUGCUAGCCGAAAGCAUGGGUUUCUGGAAUACGACACAAAGUCCAUUCGGCAUGGAAGUUCUCAUUGAAUCAGGAGACUUUGCUGGCGCGGCAGAGUACCUUGCGAAUUUCCCUCGUUCCGGACCACCGAUCGAACUAUGGCAACAUAUAGCGGUUGGGUUAUUGCUCGUUAGACAAUUAAAGCACAUGCACGGGGAAAGUAGGCUGUUAGAUCGAGUUAAAGGCUUAUUACAACUGAUAUUGGGGCAUGUUGAUGAUACGACCAGUGUCGAGAACGAUUCUGAGUCAAUGGAUUUGUCGUUCCCGGAGACGGUAAUGUCGAAGUGGAAUCAGUAUCAAGGCAACGAGUUGAGAUAUGAUCGUCAUAUAAGAUUAGAGUUAGAUUAUCUGAAUGAAAGGAUACGGAAUAGCUUGGAUAUUGAAGAUAAAUAA